GGGGUUCAGACAGAAACGCAUUGUGAAGCUGACUGAGAACCUUCUUCGCUGACCACAAGCAGCUUUACGUAUACAAGCAGCAGCGGGGAGACACUGUCCACACACCCGGGAAAUAAAAAUGAUUAAGAAAAUGUCUCCAUCUGAGAGCGAUUUUGACAUCCCAGCAAAGAACUGCUACAGGAUGGUGAUUUUGGGCUCCACCAAAGUUGGAAAGACGGCAAUCGUGUCCCGGUUCCUGAACGGGAGGUUCGAGGAGCAGUACACGCCGACUAUCGAGGACUUUCACAGGAAACUGUACAGCAUCAAGGGAGACGUUUACCAGCUGGACAUACUGGAUACAUCAGGGAACCACCCGUUCCCUGCCAUGAGGAGACUUUCCAUACUAACAGGAGACGUGUUCAUCCUCGUCUUCAGUUUGGACAACCGUGACUCCUUCCAGGAGGUGCAGCGGCUCAAGCGGCAGAUUUACGAGACCAAGUCGUGCCUGAAAAACAAGAUCAAAGAGAACAUCGACGUGCCCCUGGUCAUCUGCGGGAACAAGGGCGACAGAGAGUUUCACCGGGAGGUGCAGCAGGAGGAGAUCGAGCAGCUGGUGGCCGGGGACGAAAAGUGCGCGUACUUCGAGAUCUCCGCCAAGCGGAACGAGAACGUGGAUAAGAUGUUUCAGACUCUGUUCGCCUUGGCCAAACUACCUCACGAAAUGAGCCCGGACCUCCACAGGAAAGUGUCGGUGCAGUACUGCGACAUGCUGCACAGAAAGUCUCUGAAAAACAAAAAGCUGAAGGACAUUGGGGAGGCAUACGGCGUGGUCACUCCGUGCGCCAGGAGACCCAGCGUGCACAGCGACCUCAUGUACAUUAAAGAGAAGGCGAUAGGAGGCGGGCAGGGCAAAGACAAAGAAAGAUGCGUGAUCAGUUAAGCAGACUUAAGGCGCAGACUUGACAUGAAUCUUUGAAAGGAGAAGGAGCCUGGCGCGUCAGCUUGAGACGCGACCUGCGCGGCCGGCAGCGCUCACUUUGGGGCGGAGGUUUGGAGGGCGGGGUAGUCCGCCACCACCAACGCAGCCGCCGUUUCCAAGGACACUGACUGAACACACGAGUCCGCUUAAAUCCACUGCCCGAGACAUUGAUAGAAUGUUAGCUUGUUCUGUCAAUCAGAGGCCAGUGUGUGACGUGGCUUCAUACUAUGUGAGACUCGCGCAUCGAUGCGUAAAAAUGUGUUUUGUUGACGCUAUGCCUUUUACAGAUGCCAGAGUCGUGGCUCAGGAGGUGCAAUGUUAGGUGAAAAAUGUUUACAUAGUCGUAGGUUUUAUAACGGCUAAGUACACUUGAAUGUUUUGUUGCAAUCUGAAUUAUUUUUAUUGUGAAUGUAUUAUUUAUUGUAAGUGUUCACUUUUUCAAUUUGAGUCAGAAAAUCUCAAAAUGUAAUAAAAAUAUGAAAUCAUCAA